AUGACGGCUCCGGGGGCAUUGAUGGCCAUGCCUGUGCUCAUUGUGAACAUGGGCGGCGAGAUGGUUUACAUCCUCGCGCAGCGCCUGCAAGCGCAGCAGAUCCCUUCCCAGAAGGGGCAGAAGGUGCUUUGCGACGUGGUGAGGACCAUGUACUACCCACGAUUCAUUGAAGAGCUCUUUAAGCCCCAGGAGAUCUAUUCGUUGCAGUCUACGCGGCAGAUCUUCGACCGCUUAGCCCACUCCUCCAUCAUGCGGCUAAACGAGUCUUCGAUGGGAAAGCUGUUUGAUUUGAUGAUCAUGGGCUUUAAGCUGCAGCUCAUGACGGUGACCAGCCCCAAGGAUAUCGUUGAUGUCACGAUGAACCACCUCGACGAGCUGAGAAGACUCGCAGGUGCGCUCUCGAGCAGCUCACUU